AGCUUCACCAAUGUCAUACAAGCAUGGCAAAUGAACUUUCGAGCAAAAAGUCACUUGCGGCUGGAGGCCUAGCAGGCUUGACAUCAUCAGUGAUGCUCCAACCGUUUGAUUUGCUCAAAACUCGCUUGCAGCAACAAAAACAGCACAAUCUUAACUACAACACUACUCUUGUCAAAGAGAUUCGCAAGUUGAAAAACUUCAAGGAACUCUGGCGUGGGGUACUCCCUUCUUGUCUUCGAACAUCGAUGGGCUCGGCCAUCUACUUGACACUUUUGUUGAAGUCCCGGUUCUAUUUGUCAAGUUUUAAGAUCGAUUCCACCGUUCUACCGUCGUCGAGCAUUCUUCCUAAGCUCUCACACCUCCAGAAUCUAAGCGUAGGGUUCGUGGUUCGUGCCAUCGCUGGCUACAUCACCAUGCCCAUCACCAUCAUCAAGACGCGGUACGAGUCCAACAUCUAUAGCUACAACUCGAUGUACGAGAGUGUUGAAGGCAUCUACUUUGACGGCAAAAAUCUGCCAGGAACCAUAAGAAAUUUCUUCAAAGGAAGCUUGGUGACCCUCUCACGAGACUGCCCGUAUGCCGGACUCUACGUGUUGUUCUACGAGUGGUUCAAAACAGAUUUGUACCGCAUAGCAUCGAGGUCGCACCAGGAUCAUCUCAAGGGAGGAGUCACCAACUCGGCAUCCGCCGUAUUGGCAGCCUCCUUGGCCACGACCAUCACCGCCCCAUUCGACGCCAUCAAGACCCGCAUGCAGUUGUCAUCCACCCAUGCCUCCAUUUCCCAAACAAUGAAGAUUCUUGUGUCUGAACCUGGAGGCAUGCGCAAUCUCUUCAAAGGAUUGAGCUUACGGCUCAGCAGAAAGGGAUUGAGUGCUGGAAUCAGCUGGUGCAUUUAUGAGGAGCUUCUCAAGAGGUUGUAGCUGAUUCUGCUCAAAACCACAAAUAUUUCAGUCAUUUCCUAUACUUGUAAAUAGUUGUAAAUAGUCAGAUUAUUCACAUUCACCAUGCCGCGG